UUGGCUUGGCACCUGCCCUGUCUCUGAUGCUAUGUCAUAGCAUAGCACCGUCCUUCUGUCUGGUGGGGAAUCGUGAGCCCAUUUCAAAGAGUGCAUUCUGUCACGGUUUAACGCCAUUGCUUGGCCGAUACCAAACCGCGACUGCUGCGAAGCCAUCUCGCCUGUGUUUCAGAAUAAAAGCCCUCUCUUGGAGGAAAUCUAUGGCCCUCAACAGGAGAAAUGACCUUUUCUUCAACAUUCGUUGCACAUUUUCUUCCCAAACAGAUUUUAAGUCUGGCUCAAUAUUACCCCCCGCGGCUCCUCAUUCAGGGGCUCAGCGCCGGCCCAGAGGGGGAAGAAGGCAUUCUCUAUAUUGAUUUUCGCACUUGCCCUGUUCCAAAAAAAACCCCAUCUCUCUCUUUCGCGGUGCUCGGUGAGACCACUAUUAGUGCAGAGAGAAGACCCAGUAAUCACCCCAGACACCACAGCAUCGCUUUAAUGGGACGUCGUUUCAGGGAAGGGAGGGUUCUGCUCAGGUUGGUUCUGGGAGUGAAGAGUAAAAAUGAAGAAUUAUGACCAUGGCUCUUUGAAGAGAGAGCUUCCUUUGGUAGUGUCAGUAAACACGACCAAUGCUGAUAUUCCUCUGGCUGGCAUGCUGUUGUUAAAGUCACAACUUCGAAAUGAAAUGCACUUAAAAAGGAGAUCUUCUUCCGUUAAACGUCCCUUUGGUUCUUCUUGAGCAUGGUUAGAGCCCUCGAGGCCGGGCCAUCUGUGUUUGAGGGCUGGGUCUCAGCGGGCCGCAGUGUGUUCCUGUCACAUGGCUGGAUGGACAGCAUCACCAGGCCGUGACAGCUGACACUCGCAGACAAUGGAGGGCCCUCGUUGAGACUGGAGGGCCCGCUGUAAUCACAGCGCCUUUAAAACCCUCCGCCCGGGGUGCUGCUCUGUUGGCACGGAGCGGCGGAGGCAGUACAGACGGUCCCACCUCAACAGGGUUCAGGGCGGCGUGGAGCUGAGCGGUAGGAGCGAUGUACGGGCUGCUGUGUGAGAGUCUCCACGACUUCAUCAAGGAGUCCUACGGGGAUGACGUCUGGAAGCUGGUCCGGGAGCGGGCCGACGUCCGGCUGCACUCCUUCGUCACCCAUCAGGUGUACAGUGAGAGUGUCAUCCCCCGCAUUGCCAAGGCGGCCAGCGGGGUGACCGGGACCCCCUACAACGAGCUGAUGAACUCCUGGGGCGUGUACUUCCUGGGAUUCGUAGGGAAGUACGGCUAUGACAGGAUCCUCAAGGUGCUAGGCCGUCACGUGCGUGACUUCGUCAACGGCCUGGACAACCUGCACGAGUACCUGCGCUUCAGCUACCCCAAGGUCCAGCCCCCCACCUUCUUCUGCCAGGAGGAGUCGGCCACCGGCGUCACCCUCCACUACAGGAGCAAGCGUAAGGGCUACCUCCACUACGCCAUGGGCCAGCUGCGGCAGAUGGGGAAGCAGUUCUACGACACGGACAUCAACGUGGAGGUGCUCUCAGAGCAGCUGGUGGGAGACUACUCCCACGUCACCAUGAGGCUGAACUUCGACAACUCGGCCUACCGCUACAUCAUGAAGGAGGACGAGGAGGAGCAGGAGAUCCUGCCCAUCACCUCUGACUUCUUCUUUGAAGUCUUCCCCUUCAACAUCGUCUUCAGACAGGACAUGGUGGUACACAACGUGGGCUCAGGUCUGGCCACAGUCUUCCCUGACCUGGACGGGAAGAAGAUCAACGAUGCCUUCCUGCUCGCUCGCCCUCUAGUGGAGCUGGCCUGGAACAAUAUCAUCUCACACCCCAACAACCUGUUUGAGAUCAUGUCCAAGGAGCCCGUGAAGAGGGAGAGGAACCUUCACAACAGAGUCCAGAACUCCGACUGCGAGAACGCCAACCGCCUGGCCGACGUGGACGUGGAGCUGAUGGCCUUCCAGUCCAUCAUCGGAGACGACUACAAAGACGGGAACAGCGCCAACGUGAUGGAGAGCUGGGGGGACGGAACGCGCUGCCUCAAGCUGAAGGGACAGAUGAGAUACAUGCCGGAGUGGGAGUCCAUCAUCUUCCUGGGGACCCCCGUGAUGGAGAGUCUGAGUGCCAUGUUUAAGACAGGUCUGUAUAUUAAUGACCUGAGCAUGCACGACUCCAGCAGAGACCUGGUGCUGGCAGGCACGCAGCAGUCUGAGGAGCUCAAACGAGCUCUCAUACAGGAGCAGAAGAAGUCCAGUAAGCUGGAGGAGAGCAUGAAGAUGCUGGACUACGAGAUGAAGAAAACCGACGACCUCCUGUACCGGAUGAUCCCCAAGCCCGUCGCCAAGAGGCUGCGCAAGGGAGAGCCCGCCGUCAACACGUGUGAGGUGUUCCCCGAUGUGACCAUCCUGUUCAGCGACGUGGUGGGAUUCACUCGCAUCUGCAGCCACAUCACCCCCAUGCAGGUGGUGUCCAUGCUGAACACCAUGUACACGCUGUUCGACACGCUCAGUGAGAAGCACCGCGUCUUCAAGGUGGAGACCAUCGGGGACGCCUACAUGGUGGUGGCCGGGACCCCGGAGAAGACCAAGUACCACGCCCACAACAUCUGUGACAUGGCCCUGGACAUGGUCCGCUCCAUAGACCACCUCAAGGACCCCUCCAACGGCAACAACAUACAGAUCCGCGUCGGGAUCCAUUCUGGGAUGGUGGUGGCGGGGGUGGUGGGCCACAAGAUGCCUCGCUACGGUCUCCACGGCGACACGGUCCACACGGCCUCAGCCAUGGAGAGCAACGGCAAGGAGAUGCACAUCCAACUCAGCAGCGCCACCUACGAGCACCUCAAGGGAAGCCACUUCAUCUUCGAGAGGAGGGGCACCAUCACCAUCAAGGGCAACGUGGAGAUCGAGACCUACUGGCUGAAUGGGAAGCGAGACAAGGACGGGAACGCCCAGGCCGCGUGCCCCCAGUUCGAGACCCGGACCAUCGACAAGUCCAUCAACAAGGCCGCCAACCCGGACUCCGAGGCCCCAGGGGAGGACAAGGGCCAGGUCUUCCCACUGGCCCCGGGAGACAACGAGGAUGAAGUCAAGUCCAUCCCCUCCCACCGUAUCAAGAUGGAGAUAUCAGGCCACUCGCUGGAGCGGCCCCUAGAGAAGGGCCGACUGGAGGAGCUGUCUGUCCAGAAGUCCCACUACCAAGACAACCUUCAGGACGGCCUCCGCUCCCACCUGAAGAUGAGCUCCCCCAACGGCUCCCACGACUCCCACAGCUCAGAGAAGAGCACCAUGUGCUCCGUCUCGUAGACCAGACGCCAGCCGCCAGCCGCCAGCCGCCAGCCGCUAGCCGCCAGCCGCUAGCCGCCAGCCACUAGACGCUGGCUGAGGCUGGCCGACGCUAUAGCCCAUGUGGUUGAAAUGAGAAUCAUGUUGGGGAUGUUUCUUUGUUGUUGCGUGCCAAUCUCCCUUCUUUACUUUUCCAUUUAGCCAUACAACUCAGCCCCGACGGCUAGGCUAACAGUUUGGUCUGGACUUUCCAUAUGCUGCUCUUGCGCUUCUUCCCAUUCCCAAACACUCAGGAAUAAGCACACAAUGUUGCAAUAAUAAUAAUAAUAAUAAUAAUAAUACAUUUUAUUUAUAAAAUUUAUUAUUAUUAUUAUUAUUAUUAUUAUUAUUAUUAUAAUAAUACGAUAUUUAUGAAUGGACAGAGUUGGUGUGAGGUUUCUGAUAAAGAGCCAGUGAACCAUUUCAACUGGAAGUCGAACAUUGUGAGAUUUAAACAUGAAGAAAAGCGUUUUGGGUUGCGAGUUUUAGCACAGUGUUUUAUCCCCAUGGUUACGACCCACGCCAACUUUGUGAUGCUUUUUUAGUAACGUUGUUUUGUAUGAUGUGUUAUAAUGAGUGACGUUGAAUAUGUAACGCGCCACACACCGUAGCGUUAUACUAAAGGUGACCAGGAACCCUCACCCUCACUUGGACACGAACAUUAAAUACAUCGCUGCUCAGAUGGAGCCUCAUCGUUAUCCUGUAACUAACCCAGAAUGCUUAACUUCCUCUCACCGCCGCAGUCAACUGCUGCCAAGACAGAGCUCCACACACACACACACACACACACACACACACACACACACACACACACACACACACACACACACACACACACACACACACACACGGACACACACACACGGCCUAGACGGAGCUCCUCACACACACACCGCCCAGGCAGAGCUCCACAUGUCCUCACACGCCUUGGUCUUGACAUCUCAGAAAAGGCACUCAGACAUCAGGUAAAGAUCGCUCCUGCGCUCACAGCAGAGUGGAACGGUCACAUAGUGUUUUCGGGAGAAUGGCAUCAACAUAGGAUUUUACGCCUUUUUCUAAAUGACAGGUUAAUUUUCAGUAACGGUGAUGAAAUGAAAUAGAUAACUUGACGAUCAUAUAAGCCAUAUUACCACGUUUGGGUUCUUUAAGUUAGUCUUUUGGGUUGAUACAUCAUACCAACUUCUUUAGUCCUAAAGUGUUCACUGCCAUUAGGUUCAACUGGACACUAGCUCCAACAGGCCUACCCAGAAAUAAAAUAGCUUCGCUCUGCAUGUUCAUUUAUUGCAUUGCCACUGUGCCUUGUUCAUUUGAUAUUGUUUCAUUUCAGUGUCACUGUUGAUUCUUCUAUAGCUUACCCUCCUUUUCUAAUUGACAGUCCCUGGCCCGUUUGAUCCUUGUUGUGCAUUCCUCUAGCUAUGUGAAACAGGUAGAUGCUCUACUCUGUGCUUUAAAUUGGAUUUGGGAAUAAAGCAAGCCACCAGCUGG